AUGAAGUUAAACAGCAAUGGGUCGCAUUCAUUUGGAACUUUGAAAUUAUCAGAUUCUGAUAUGUUUCCCGCAAUGUCUAUCAACUCAUAUUUCACUGACAAAAACUAUGAUUCGUUUGUCAAUUACUUCUCCAAUCGACCCGGCUACAACUAUAAUAAUCCAAUCGAUUACAUUCCACUGAAUACUUUUGAAACCCCAAACUAUAUACUUUCUAACACAAUUAACAACAAUUCUACCGAAUGGAACUCUCUCAGUAAUAUUUUACGUUCUCAUUUCAAUUCUAACGACCCUUUUGACAUGACGCAGCUGAAUAUAAUAUCACAAUUGUUGGACACUACUCAGCAAGAAGACUCUAACGAUUAUGUUGACAAUUUUUUUAACGUAUCUAAUGAUUAUUCCAAUGGUCAACGUCUACAAAAUGUAUUAAAUAAUGAAUUAUCAUGCAAUCCCAUCUCAAAUAACUCUGUUGAUUACACAAUUAGAUACACCAACCAAUUGGAUAAGUUAGGCAAUGAAGUUGAUAAUAGUUAUUACAUUAACAAUGUUGGCAACACCGUCUCAGAUGGACAUAAUAAAUAUGACCAUGGUGAUGAGGUCUAUGAAUAUGAUAAAUUGGAGCAUAAUUACGAAGAUUUUGUGUCUUACGAUGUGAUGGCGGAUUAUUGCACCAGUGAUGACACAUUUUUUGCCCGGCAUAAUGGGGAAAAUUUACAAAAUCUGUCAAAUAUCAUUGCUAAUAAUAAUGGUGUGGAUGCCAGAAGAAAAAAUAUGGAUUUGAACAAGGAUGAGCAGAGUGAAGAAACAGGUGUUUCAGAUAUUUAUGUUUCAUGGAUUCCCAAGAAUGCACGUUGCAAGCUAGUGCAUGAGUUGCCAGACACUGUAGAAGAAUGCGAAAAAUACCCCGAAUACGUAGCCGCCCGAGAUAAAAUGCUUGUUGUUCUUCAAAAACUUGGAUUUUUUCACGUAGAAUCCAUCACAUUUCACCCUCCCCGGGGCUCUCACAUCAUAAUCCGCUUCUUAAAUAAGAAUAUUGAAACUAUUUUCUUGCAGAGGUACAAAGAUUGCCCCCACCAGUGGAAAUUGGACAUGCACAAGUAUUACAAGUUUUCCAAGAAGGUGAUUGGUUACAUCAAAAACUUGCGUGUUGACACAGUGAAUAAGCGCAUAAAAAGUCGAUUAACCAAGUGA